GCGCGAUUUUUUACUUCCUUCUCAUCAGCCUUACGCAACGAGUCCGACGACACAGCACCACCAUGGACCUCUCCUCGGCACUCUCUGGCAUCAAGGGCGGCUCCGCGCAGGAGAAAAAGGAGGCGAUCAAGGCCCAGGUCUCUUCCGAGAUUGCCAUGGCCAACGCCCAGCAGCUCAUCACAAAAGCGACGGAAAAGUGUUUUGCAAAGUGCGUCACCUCGCCCUCGACGUCGCUCUCGUCCAAGGAGGAAAAGUGCCUGGGCAGCUGCCUCGAGCGCUACUUUGAGGCCUUUAACCUCGUCUCGUCCACCUAUGUGCGCAGGGUCGCCGAUCAGAGGGGCGCCGGUGCCGCUGAUCUUGUGGCGUGAUUCCCGCAACGAUCGAUUGAUUGUUUGAAAAAGCGACCUACCGACCGACCGUCCGUCCGACCGGCUGAAC